GCGAACUUCUCCUCUUUCCCUCCUAACCCUCCGGACUCUCCCACCACACCCAUCAAACAACGCCAUAAUCACCUGGUAAGCCGUUUCCACCCAUCAUUUGAGGCAUUGGGAGCAUUCUCGGCCGUUCCCUACUUGCUCAUUUGUCCCCAUCCAAAGAUCGCCCGGGUCUGAUGCCAUCUCGUCGCAGACUGCCGCCUCCGCCUCAGAGGGAACAGACGAGUCCCGAGUUUCAAAGCCCUUUCAGGCACAACAACAGCCUCCCUAUCCUCGACUGAUCCAACCACCCACGACGCUCCCCUCCUGCUCCCAUCUUCCGACCCGGUCGCCCUCCCCCCCUUCAGCGCCGAGAACCGCGGGUUGACCGCCCCAGCACCUGGGACAGACUGUGGGCACGCAGGCUUCAUCCACACGGGCUCAGAAACACCCCCAAAAAAACACACACUCAUAUCCGUCAAGACGAAGCCAAGAGGAGGGACAAAAGACAGGAAUCCCCGUCUUUUGGAACAGUCAUUCUCGAAGGGUAGUCAUUUCGAUAGGAAUGGCACCACCGAGUCUGAUGUCGUCCCAAUCUCCCGUGUCGGACAUCUCCCCAAGGGCACAUGUCAGCUCGCUGGCUACAGCAUAUCCUAUCCAGCACCACUCCCCUCCCACCCCAACUGAAGCUCAUAUCCUCGCCUCUAUGAGCCGCGAGGACAGGGUCAUGGAGUUCACGCAGCCCCAGUAUCACACUCCCGCCGUCCCCCGGUCGGUCAAGUUCGAAUUGGUCACAGACUCUACCCAGUACCGGGCGCGAUUACCCAUGAGGGUACAGAUCUACCCCCAUGACACGACUGAGUCCAUCAUAACCACCGUCAAGAACUUCUAUGGUCUGUAUCCAAGUGCCACCAGCUGUCCCGGCGUCAGUUUCGAGGAUGAGCACGGCAACACAAUCAUCGGAAGGUAUGAGAACUUCCGCCACAACUCGGUUGUAUACGUGCGAGUCCGCGACGGCCCUCCCACCCCUGGCCCACACGCCGCUCAGCCGAGCCAGCCAGGCGCCCAGUCCUUUUACACCCAGGACGGGCUUGCCGUCCAGGGUCCGUCGCAACAGCCACUGCAUGCGUCACGGCCAGGCUCCAGAUCGUCCAGGCGGAGGAGCGUGUCACCGGCCAACCUCCACGAAGGAAGAAGUGCGUCUACCAGUACCAAUGGCAGGCAUGCCCGCCCCCGUUCCAACAGGAGCCGCGGGCCCGGUUCUCAAACACACAACGACGCACACAGUGAUAGCAUGAACGGCUACAGCAGCGGCGACAAUGCCCCCGGCUCUUCCUCCGGGAAGUCCAAGGAGCAGAUCGGCAGCACCGAGAUCAGUCUCGACAACAUCGUCGAAGGCGGCCGCCGCAAGCGAGCCAAAUUUGAGAGCUCUGAGCUGCCCCUUUUCGCACCUCCUCAGAUGCCUGCUGCCCUAUCCAAUCCUUCAGUCUCCCCAGCCCGCCGUGUUGAGCACAAUCGUGCAACCCUUCCAUUCGUACAGCCCGGACAGAAUCCCUUCACCAACCCCCGGCUGCUGCAGUCGCCGCAGAGCUACACUCCUGGCUACAACGGUGUUGGCAUGUAUGCCACACCUGUCACGGAUACCCGCCGUGCUAGGAGCACCAUCGGCUACUCUACUGCAUCUGGCAUCGCCCCGAGCAUGGGCAUCUUGCCGACGCCAGAUCCCACCGUCGGCAGUUGCAUGUCGGAGGAGGACAAGGAUGUAGCCAUCCAAUUGAUGCGCCUCGGCGAUAUUUCCAACAUCUCCCAUGGCCGUACUUCGGCCUCCACACUUGACGAUACCUUCAGUCGCAAUGCGGAUGCAGCUUCGUCUACUGGCGCGACUAGCGACGGCGACAGCGAGAGCGACGGCGAUAAGCAGCCCACGAGGAAGCAAAGGCUGGACGCGGUUGGUGCUGUCAAGAAGAUAUAUCCUACCACCGAGACCCACUUCAGCCCUGCUAACGCCGAAUUCGAGCCGAGCGAGGAUGAAGACGUCUAUUCUGACAGUGGAGAGGGCACAAUGAGUGCCCCCAAGCUGAAGGCACCCAAGGCGGCCAACGGCCAGAAGCCUCGGACUCAGUCCACUAGCAUCAUCAAGCCAAAGACGACGAAGGCAAGCAAGUCCACCAAGCCUGCCAACGGCGCCAAGGUCAAGAAGUCCGGCAGUAUCAUCCCCAACGGCCCGAUGUCGCCUACCUCCCUGCCGGCAUCGCGCAAGCCGUCCAUCGCGUCCAACCAAGGCGCAACCAGCAGUGUGCACGGUGACGAGGACCACCCUGAUCUCUCCACCAAGCCACGCUGCCAGCGCUGCCGGAAGAGCAAGAAAGGGUGUGAUAGACAGCGCCCCUGUGGCAGAUGCCGAGACGCUGGGAUUCCCGCGGAGUUGUGCAUCAGCGAAGACGAGGGCAACGGCCGAAAAGGUCGCUAUGGGCGGCAUAUGGGCGUACCCGUCGUCGGGACCAAGGAGGAGAUGCCAGCACCAGCAAACCCUCUGCUCCCUGCCGCGCCGAUUGCCACGGCCAUGGUCACAAUGACAGCCGCCAGCUCCGCGGACAAGAACAAGAAGCGGAAGAGGUAGUCGGGCUACGGGCCCCUGCUGGGGCUCUCGACCCUUCGGGCCGCACGUCUUAGUCUACUCCGAACAACACAGCGAUACAUGGCUCCGCUCGCACGGCGUACCCUCGAUGACAACGCCGGAGGGCGCGCGCAGUUUUGUGUAUGAGCAAGCGGGAGGAAAGCACACAAUUAACAGGACGGGACUGAAAAGUGCUUGUGUGGAUCUAUUGUGUCUAUUAUCUCAGGCCUCACGACCGGAGGCUUGCUAAGCAUACAGCGCUCAGCGAAUAUCUUGACGGCUUCAACAGCUGCCGUCGUCACACUCCUUUACUAUACCCGGCGGGGCACAGGCGUUGUUGGCAAUCUGUUUUCAUCCAGGGGUUCCUGUCUUGUCCAUAUGGCGCGCGCGCAUUUGUCACAUUUUCCUUCCUUUUCCUUUCCCUUUCCCAUUCUUGGGUCGGCUGGGUCAAUGUGUCGGGGCAGGUGGGCUGGCUUUUACACCAUGCUACGACCACACAGUCAUCUUUCGCCAGACCAAAAUCGGCGAGGCUUCCAGAAGCUUUUUGCUGGUCGGUCCCGGGCCGUCGGGGCGCGGCUGGAGAUUCGAGGACGAAGAUGUUCCAGGGGUUGGCAAAGUGGAUCUGCCAAAAUUGAAGUGGAGAAACGAGCCCUGUGGUGACAAUGCUCGGGCCAUGGGCGGUGUGUUGGCAGCCUGGGGGGUGGCGGUCAAGCGGCAGAGCCUGCCCUGCUGGCCUCUGGCCUCUUCGCCUGGCUCUGUCGCAACGGAGAAAACUGCUUUCAGUGCCCUGCGAUCGAACCAACGAAACUUGGCCAGAGUCGGAAACAUUUCUAUUGGAGUUCCCCUUUUCCUUGAAAACCUUUCCUUGUUAUGGGCGGCGGGCAUUGUUGUCUCAAACUGGCUUACUCGUGUUUUUGUUUUUGUUUUCUGGCUUUCCAUUUCCUUUUCUUGGACUGAUGGCGCGCACUAUGUCGGCGAAUUGAAAUCACAAACGACAUCAAUAAGCUGUGAGCUGCACCCGGACGAGGUUGAGCACCACUCUAGCCGGAGCAAAUACGAUCAAACCUUCAAAUCAAGGUAGCUGCUUCCGACGUGAAAAGAACUUGCUCUUGAAAUAUUUACAGAGCCAACCUGCCGGCAUUGGCCUUGAUAUCCUGUUGAUGCUGGUUGGCUAUGGGCGCAUUGCGCCUCCGUCGUCCUCACCGCCGCGAGAGCAUGCGAUCCUCGUCUGCCUGCUACGUUGACAUGCUGUUUGUCGCAGACCCCCUUGCCCCAGGCCGUUUCCAAGCGUCUUGCGACAGCCCCCUGUCGGCCGUCGGUGCUCUCAGAUCCCUACUCGCCGCUCCAUCCGGGAUCACUUGUGGUGCGAGUUAAGUUAAUAAAGGACCCGGACGGAAGAUUGGUUUUGGGGGGUCUUCUGGUUUUCCGUAGGAUCUGAUCAUACCACCCUUGCACUCUGAGAACGAAGCGC